CAUUACUUGCCGGUCUUGUUCAGCGUGUGGACUGCUUGUGGGGAUCUCACUGGUUGAGUCUUUCUGCUGGUCAUUAGCGGCAAACUGCAAGAGAGUUCAGGCCUCAUUGGAGUGUGUGUGUGUGUGCUGGAGCGCGUGCUAAUACAGAUUACAUUAAAGGAUAGAAUUCGGGAUUCUAGUAUGACUUCUACACAUAGGUACAGAAAAAGAAAGUGGAAAUAUUAAACAUGUAUGUCUGGAGGUCAAUCAAAGUCAAGGAACAAGUCUGUCUUAUCAUCGCUAAUAAUCAAUCGGUCUCUGGGAACUGGACACAUGGUCAGUAGUUCUAAUGCCGAAAUUGUAAGUCAAUAGCUGACCAUAUAUGACGUAAUUCAUCGAUGUGACUUCAGAGGCGCUGCCAAUGUUGAACCAUGCUGUAACUGUGUUGGACAAGUUUACUGUUUCUCAGAUCAGAGUUAAAGGCAAGAAAGUAAAGGCAACUAACAUUCGUGAAUUACGACAAGCUUUUCAACUCUUCGACAAAGAUGGCGAUGGAUCUAUCUCGACGGAAGAGCUGGGCACUGUCAUGCGCAAUCUGGGACAGUUUCCGUCAAUGGAUGAAUUGAAUCUUAUGUUAAGAGAAAUUGAUAUUGAUGGAGAUGGCACUUUCUCGUUUGAAGAAUUCGUUCAGGUCAUGGCCAAUGUGGGCGGGAUCAGUGAAAACAGCGAGGAGGAUGAGGAAGAAGAACUGAGGCAAGCAUUCAGGGUUUUUGAUAAGUCUGGCUGUGGUUAUAUCACACCAUCAGAUCUUAGAGCUGUUCUUCAAUGUAUGGGAGAGGAACUAACAGAGGAAGAAAUUGAUGAAAUGAUAGCAGAAGUAGAUAUUGAUGGGGAUGGCAGGAUUGAUUUUGAAGAGUUUAUUACAUGCAUGAGAAGUGACGAUGAGGAAUCAACAGAUGAAGAAGAUGAUGAGCAAGAAAAAGAAACUGAUCUUCAUGAAUCAAAUCUUGAAAAUGAUGAAUGAAUUCAAUGAAAAUAAUAAAACAAGCAAAAGAUCAAGUCUUAAAGUGUUCAACCUUCCUGGGUUUUUAAGAACUUCCAUUUUGUUUCUAUUUUCUAAAAUGACAGAAAUGGAAGCAGAAUAUUCUAGUAGUCGCUGAGUCAUUAUGAAAUGUAAAAGUUGAAUGUUUCAAUUAAAAUUUUAAUUAGUUAUAUUAUACUCAACCACUACAUGAUUUGAAACUUUAAAUUUUGACUGAACAAUUCAGAAAUUGUAGAAGCCAGCUAAUUAACAUGUUGACUAUAUAUUGUAUUUAAUGUUUGCUUUUACAAAUUAUGUCAGUUGAUUGACAAGUCUUGUUUCCCAAAAUGGUUGUUUGAAUGAGCAUGCUCCCAGCUUCUAUCAUUCAAAGUCACUUUACUACUGGCAUCAGUUUCUUUUCUGUAAUGCCAGAAUCUGUGUCCUAAUAGUCUCAACUUCUUGUUUCUUUCUGUUAGAAAGCUAAACAAAUAUUGACUUCAAUGUUUUCAUUUGUCAUUUUUUUAUUGAGCCUUGAAUCUAGCAGCUUUAUUUUGCUAAUGCAACCUCAAAGAUUUUACAUUCAAUUCUCUACUGGGCUCUUAGAUUAGCAUAUGUAACCCAAUGUCCUUAGUGAGCCCUAUUAAUAACAAAUUAAUUUUUCAUUUCUGUACAAGACCCUUGUGACAUGUUAUUUGUGAGAUAAUAAAUGUAAACACACAUACCAUAAAUCAUUUGUUCCCUUUUAUUUAUGUUAACACAGUUGUAUAAAUGCAAUGUUUAUGUAUUUUUCAUUUCAAUUGUGCCCAGUUAAAUUUGAUUGUUAAAAUGCUUAUUAUAAGAUAGUUAGCUGAGGUAACUAUGUUGAUAUCAAUUAUAAAUAUUAAGUUUAAGUAGAAAAUGAUGCAAUAUGACUAAAUAGUUUUUGAGAUUGAGAACAAUCAGAAAUUAUUAAAACAUUAUAGAACUCAAAAUGUACAUCAUAAUGUUUCUCAUAUUUUUGUGCCUAACAAUUUUAAUUUUAGUUCAGCAUUACAAUAGUAAGUAAAAUAUAAAUUGAUCUGGACAUAGUCCUACUAAUGCAAUAUAUUAUUUCACAAUGCACAUCCAGUCCUACUAAAGCAAUAUAUUAUUUCACAAUGCACACAUAGUCCUACCAAUGCAAAAUAUUAUCUCUCCAAUGAACUCUCAUGUUUAGGUUUUCUAUUGGCAGAAAACAAACUUUCUGCUGGGUCAGUUACAACUUGAGGGCCACAACCAACCUAAAUACAGUUCAAAGAAAAACAAUCAAAAAUAAAAGUUU